AUGAUAUUCCUUCGACAUCACCUUCAUGAAGGUCUUAAGACUGAAUACUUGACUGUUAAAGACUCUCAAAUCAUUUGGAUCAAUCUAAAGGAAAGUGAAACUAUCCAAUUAAAGACUGCAUAUGUUACAUUCAAAGAUCCCAAAGCGCUUGAAAUCGCCUUAUUGUUAUCGGGAGCAACACUCAUUGACAAGAUUGUGACCAUAAUUUCUGCUGAAAAUUAUGUACCAAAAUUCGAGAUUCAUGAAUCAAGAGCAGCAGACGACCUUAUGUCCGUUUCUCCUGCUGGGCAUAGUGCAUCAAAUGAUGAGCAGGGCAGAAUGAGUCCACCUAGCAGUGGAAGAAUGUAUGUUAGUAGGGCACAAAAUGUUGUCGCUAGUGUCUUGGCCAAAGUUUCAGCCAUACGACAAGAUGCAGUAAACAAAGCGAAAGCAUUUGACGAGAAACAUCAGUUGAGAACCAGCGCAUCUACCAAGGUCAUUUCGUUUGACUGGAGAGUCGGGCUGACCGAGAAACUGACUGUGGGAAUCUCAGCGGUUAAUGAGAAAGUAAAAUCUGUGGACCAAAGGUUGCAGGUGUCGGAUAAAACAAUGGCUGCAAUAUUUGCAGCAGAGGAAACUAAACACACAGGAUCUGCAGUCAAAUCUAGCAGGUACGAUUUCUCCUUUCAGCACGGGUGCAAGUCCAGUCACACUGCUUCCAAGACAAUAACGAGAGGGAAAAAAGGGUCACCAUCCUUCUAA